UGUAAUACAUAACACACAUUUUCAUCAAUGAACUGUUUCAAUUUUGGAUAGCGUUUUGUCACAAUUCAAAAACAAAAACACAUUCAAUCUCUUACUGAAUGUAAAAUUGAAUUCAAAUCUAAAACUGGCUAGUUAUAGACGCAUUCUGGUUAUAAAGACAAAAUUAUGACGACCGCGAUUUAUAAACAGCAGAAACGGGGCGGCCCAAACAUGAUACCAGGGAUGAAUGAAGGACCAAUGACCACAGCUCCGAGGGUCAAUUUAAACGAAGUUACAGUCUUACCCAGAGCAGAAUGGGAGAGGAUUAAAGACCAGUUAUCCGAUGAACCAAUGGCCGAAAAAAUAGGCAAAGCGAAUCAAGAGCAGCGUGAAAAACUACGGGCAGAAAGUAAGAAACUUAUAAGUACUUGGACAAAUACAAUUGCAGGACAGAGAGCUAAAAAACUAGAAGCUCGGAAGAUUCGAGAAGCGAAAGAUGAAGAAGAGCGAAAAGUCAUUGACAUUGAGGAAGCGAAAUUUCAAGCCGAAGAAAGAAAAAAGAUUUUGGAUGAGGCGAAAAAACUACAAUACUGGAAAACCGACAGGGUUAAAAAUCUACACAGCGCGUUGACCUUAACCGAAGUUUUACGAGAACGAGACGAACAGUUAAAGCUCAAGAAGCGAAUCAAAUCGGCCCAAGCGAACUCGGACGCGAAAUAUCUCGCGAAAGCCAUAGCCGAAAACGAACAAGCAAUGCUUAAGGAGAAACAAGACGCUCUUAAGCGCUACGAGGAGGCUGUUAAAAAUAACAGUUACGUAAUCAAGCAAGUUAAAGACCGCCAUAUGGAAAAAGAAAAGGAAAAACUUCGGGAUAAAAUGGAAGGCAUUGAAAUCCAAGACGCGUUACGUCAGUACAACGAAGAAAUUGCAAGAAUCGAAAGAGUAAAGGAGGAAGAAAAGAAACAAUUGCUUAGAGCGCACGAAGGAACGCUAGAAAAUAAAACUCUUCUAAGCGCAAUUGAGCGCCAAAAUGAAGAAGAGAAUGACGACAAAAUCCGAAGAUUUGCGCUCGCAAAACGAGAAAUGGCCAAACUACGCGCGCAAAAAGAACGUCAAAUGCUGAAUGAACAACUUCGAAUUCGGGAUGAACAAACUGAGAAGUUGGGAAAUAUUUUACGACAGCAGAAAAAUCAGGAAGAAGAUCGACUUUUCGUGGCUUUGAAGGAAAAAGAGGAGAAAGACGCCAAGGAUAACGCGGAGAAAAUGAAGCAGCAGCAAGAAAUGUUCGAUUCAAUAAACAAACACCGAAUCGAAACACAGAAACAAAAAGAAGACCGAGAGAAAAAAGAAAGACUCGAAGCUAUUGAAAUGCGCCAUGCAAGGCUUAUGGCCGACGAACUAUUCAAAGAACACGAGGAUAAAAAAGCGGCCGAACGAUUUGAACAGGACAAAGCGCUGAAACAAAUCCAUCUCGCUCAAUCGAACGAACGAAAGGAAAAAGAUCAGAAGAUCCGAGCGUCCGAACUCGAUACGGAUUAUCGAAACGUCGAGUUGUUGAGGCUCGAAGCGGAACAGUUCCAGAAAUACGCCCAGGAAGUGAUGAGCGAAGAAAAAGAUCGCGGCGCCAAAAAUCUGUACCCGUUGGUGAAAGUUGCGAACAAUGGAUUCGGAGGGGGGAAAGGCCCGAUGUUUGACAGCGAAGGCAAUCUUAGGCCGAGUUACCAAACAUCAGAUAAAUAUGGAAAAGAAAUGCCAUGUUAUCAAGCUCCUGGUGCCGUUGAUACUAAACAAGGACAAUGCAACAACACUGCUAAACGACUCGGAUUUGUCUGGAAAGGUUAAACAUCAAAACUUAAUCCAAUGGAUUCGGAAGUUGACAAAAGGAACUUUGGAUGACGUUUUAUAGAUUAAUUCUGUAUCUGUAAAAUGUAUUUUCUAAACAAUAUCACCGAACAUAAUUAUAGUAUUAUUUUGAUUAA